AUGAGUGUUAUUCAGAAUCAGAUGUCGAACGAAGAACUCGGAGAGGCGUACCUGCAGUAUUGUGUGCUACGCGAUGAUGACAGCUUCUACAUGGACAGAAGACGUCCACAACAAGGCGAUGAAUAUAUGGCGCGGUUGUCGGACAAGAUAACAGAUCGGGACCUGGGUCGUGGGGUGGAGUUUCGUCUCGUCCAUUUCACCGCCCAGGUCUCGAGCUAUGUGAAGACACAGCUUCCCAUGGCCUGCGAUAUGCAUAACACUCGUUACGGACUGCAUGCUAUCUUAGCGCCGGAGAAGGCUCAGAACUCGUCCACUGCUGUAUACAUGGAUCACAGCGAGACGUCCUCGGUGAAAGAAGACCAGAUGCAUCUGAGGCGAAAGGACGUGAAUAUGCCUUACCUGCUGAAUAUCCGAAAUCGUUCCUUGCCUGUGGAACUCUGGAUGCACAUCCUGGACGAUGUUGCGGAGGAGCGGGACUACGAUGCAUUAGCAAGAUGCGCCAGGGUCUGCCGAUUCUUUCGGGAGAUGUGUAAGAAGCAUUUAAGGAAGACCUUGACGUUCGAGAGCGAUGAAGACGUGGAGCGCCUCAAGACAGACACUGCAGCGAAGGAGAUCGGGGGCUGGCGAGGACCGGACGAUAUCAAGAUCAGGGGAGGCCAGGACUCGAGAGCGAUUCCACACGUGGCUACGUUCGCGUCCAAAUUCGCAAGCAGAUGGGACCACAUCUGGAAGCUCAAAAUCAGCAAGGCGUCGUGGCCGUUGUCGCUUCGGGCCGCCGAUGCCGCCGUCUUCCGGGAUCUCUCCCGCUUUGUCUCGAUCCUCGAACUUAUCUUGGAUGACGUCACGUUUCCGUCCAUCGUCACGUUAGGCGCCCUCGUCUCAGCUCUGCCGCACCUCAAGGAGCUCAGCCUCCGCAAUGUCAAGCUCACCGAAUCGUCCUUGCUCUUCGACCCUCGCACACUUUCCGACUUUCGCCUCCUGCCACCAACCAAGAACCUGCAGACGAUUACCGUGGGUCGCGUGUGCGAAUUAGUCUCACAUGAGUUCGAACCUUCUACAUGGCCGUGCUAUACGGAACUCCUUGCUUUCAUGAACGCCGUAAGCGACCCCUGUGGCAAGUCCCCUCGCGUCCAUCCAUGGGGCUCCGUCCGCAACUUGCGACUGGACCAGAAUGUCUGGUGGAAAUUCUCCUCCUCCUCCAUUUCCCGGCUCCUGCGUGCACUUCCAUCACUUGAGAACAUCCAGUUUGAAAGGGCAGAUAGCUACUUUGCGAAUAUUGAGAUCGAAGGAGUCCCCGCGUAUCCCAGGCUGAAACCAAUCACGAUCGGCGUGCAUUACCGCCAAUGCGAUUUCUUUGCGAACACAAACCCCACUUCCCUUGUAAUUCAUGGUUGCGAUAGACCCUACCUUGGAAUGCGUGAGAUUCUGUCGCACGUCACAUCAAGAUGCGUGUCUUCUAUCGACCUCUGUUUUUCACUUAUUAAACGGAGUGACCGGGGAGAGUUGCGCGAGGGCCUUUCGCAAUUGGACACCGUGCUCUUACUUCCCGUCUUCGACAAUCUCAUGCACGUAUUUAUAUAUGCAAGCGUCGAUCCUCAUCUGCCUGUGGAAGAGAUGACAGAGUGGGUGUGCUGGAUGAAGUCGUGCUUGACUAGUCUCGACAAACGGGGAAUCCUAGGGAUUGAAGCAAAUGUCAGAUCUCCCAAGACAGACGAGAAUGGUAAGGUAGAAAUCAUUGAGGUUCCUCCUUUUGAGGGCGGUGCGCAUUCUGAAGCAAUGGCGGCAUACACGGCGUGGAAGCGUUCUUCUAAGAAAAAGGGCCACCAGCGAUCGACCCCAGAGCCAAAGCGGCACGCAGCCCCCCGGCAAUGGACGACGGAGGUCACAGCGCGUGGCCGUGCAUACGGAAUAGAGGCGCGAGGCGUCAACGGGACUUGA